GUCCCAGCUGUGCGUAGACUGUCAGCCUCGUGUUGCAGUUCAAGCUCCAAGUACUGCAUCGAGUGAAUAUGGGGGAUGAAAUGCAGCCAGUCGCGACUUAGCCUGUGUUUACUUCCCCUCAUUUUCCCCACCUUCUUCCUUCCUUCCUUCCUUCCUUCCUUCCUUCCUUCCUUUCUUUCUUUCUACCUUCUGUCUCGCUCAUCUCUUUUUUUCCACUUCAACCCACCAUCAACAUCAAAACUUCCCCAUCUUCUUCACUUCUUCUUGAACUAUUCUUAAUGUAUUCCAUCUACACAAACCGUUGAAUCAUCAUGGGCACCAGAGGCCUGAUGUUCGUCCGUUAUCGUGGUCGGUACUUUGUGUACUACAAUCACUGGGACAGUUAUCCGGAAGGCCUGGGCAGGGAGCUGAUCGAUACCAUUCCCACCGAUCCGACUCAAUACCAAGCGUGGCUCGAAGCUUAUCGUGCUACAUUCGCUCGUCUUGUCCACCAGUACGAAACGCAGUGUCUCCCGGUGACUAUCCAGUCUGUCGCGGAGGAAGACUCGGACGCUGCGCUCGCUGAGCGCUACGAGAAGAGCUAUUUAGCCCUCGAUGAUCGCCUGGAAACGCCCCCUCUUAAGUUCCUGCCCCUAGACUGGCAAACCUAUGGCGGGGAAUGGGUCUAUACCCUCGACCUGGACCGCGAGAUCUUCAGCAUCGAUCAUGCCGUUCAUUUCCAUCUCCACAAAGUCUCCAGUGAGCCGAAUUGGAUCAUGUACCUCGGUAAAGAUGCUCGUCGCCGCCGGGCGCCGGCUAAGUGUACACCCCCGUAUCUUCUGGCCGAUCCAGUCUUCAGGCCUACGGUGAACGACGCCUCGACUGCUGCAUUCGAACGACUCAACGUGAAGACGGUCCGUCCAGAGUCCUUCCAUGUCGCCCAGACUUUCUCCUCUCUCCGAGAAGCUUUUCUGAUGGAGACAUUCAGGCAAAUUCAUGCGGAAUAUCGCGGCCUGUUGGACAUGAGCUAUCUUGAAUGGGCACCCACGGAUUUCACUUUCAGAGAAAUCGCGUAUGCGAUUUUAUCCUUAGCCACGGGUGACGUGACUUUUGAGGAUACGCAUUCCUUCGACGCAAAUCACCAGGGGGAAGGCUAUUAUCUGAUUCCAGGAGCAGGAGCUAUGCACGCGAAUUCUCCAGGUUCCGCACCAACUGUGCUACCUUGCUUUCUGUGGGAAAGACAUGAUACCGGGGUUGAGGCAGGGUCGGCCCCCAGGCAAACAACUUAUUGGCAUGACGGAGUCCUAGUACACCUGGUGACGGGCCUUGAUCGGGUUGGCAUUGAGAAAGCCGCCAUUGCUGAGGCCGUGGACGCCGGGCUCGAGCAUGGACGCAAGUCAUUCUAUGCCAUCAUCUUCUCCAUCCUGGACGUGAUCUUGUUGCGUAUUGAGAGAAAGGAGGAUUUGACCAUCUUCGUAGAGAGAAGUCCAAAGCUGACAUUAUUCUACUUCGACGACAUCAACUCCUCCUUCGCACAAGGGCCACGGAAUAGUCCAUUUAAGUGGCCGGAAAUUGAGGAGGAGCUCACAUUGUUGAUGACGCGGGAUCUGAAUGAUGGCGUUGGCCAUAUAGAGGAUGUCCUUCCACAUCUUGAGAGGGGGAGACCGGAGGUAGCGAAGACCAAUAUUGGUUGGGCUUAUGUAUUCGUGAAUAUCAUGCAUUUCUUCGACGCAGCCAGGUAUCAUAGUCUGGGAGGCGCUGUGUCCAGCAUACUGCCUAAUGAGACUCUGGCGAAUGUGAUGCAGUUGAGCGAUACCCGAACGUACCGUAUUCUCAGCAAGCUGUCCGCUUAUUGUCACAAGACCAGUUUAUCCGAACUCCGUCUCAAUGAUCGAUAUACCAUCGUGCAUUCGGACGCUGAAACUCCCUCGAUGACCCUGCAUGAUUCACGCACCGGGACACGGCGGACCUCCCAAUACAAGCGAUCAUUUUACCCGGACGAUACUGGUUUGAUAUUGACCUUGAUCAUUGGCACAUGCGAUCCUUUGAGACGCAGUGUCGUUGACUGUGUGAAGUGGCGCUUCAUGGAUAUCUCUGAAAUGGAUCCUGAGUACCCGAAAAAGAUCACAAUGCCGCGCAGAGCCCAUCCUCACCCACACACCUUCUUCGGCUUCAACUCUGCCAUCGACUUCGAAGGGCUCUUCCAUCUUCCUGAUUAUCUCUACCUCAAGUCCGUCCAAGACGGCUGGGAACGAUACGCCAAGAAGUUAAUCCACACCUACCAGACGCAAGGGGACUCCUACGUCACUUUCGACAUGGGCAAGUUUGAGUGUCUCCAGCCGCCCGGAUACCGUGAGAUCACGACUUUCCGCUGCAGCGGGGUGCACUGUUUCCUGCGUCACGCCCGGGAGGAGAGCGCCGACGAGUGGGAGCGCACUGUGCAAUAUGGACUACGUCGUCUACAUACCCGCGAGACAUCGAAAGACGGGUACAUGUCAGACGGGUUGGCGGAGAAAUACUCCCUCCCAGGACGGCCCGUCGUGAUAGCCUUCACCACCCGGGUCCAGCUCUUCUACUACGUCCAUCACCGGGGGGAGAAGCCUGCCGUGCCGGAGGGAGUGGGUACUCACUGCGCUGAGUUGGCCGAGCGAUGCACGGAUCCUGACCCGCAGCAUCGGCUUGUUCCUCUGAUCCCUGGGGUGAUUGACUUGAAAGACGACGCGGCGAGGAGUGAGUUUGAGGCCUGGUUCCGCAAGUUCUGCAGUGCAACGGGCGAGGUGACGGAGUACUAUGAUCCCUUCAGUGACCAGCAGCAGCUUUUAGUGCGGAUUGCGGAACAGCCGAGCGAGACCAAGCAGCCGGUGACUAGCACUGAGCCUGUCGGGAGCGACGUGGUUUAUGAAUUGUCGUAGUAGGUUAGCAUAGUCGUUUUAGCAUGCAUUUGCCCUUUAGGAAGGCCUGUGUGAGUCGGUGAGAUAGCCUGCUUUAUGGAGGCGAGGUGCAUUGCAUGGGUUCUUGUGAUAGAGUAUCAUCCGAGAAUAACAGAUAGUUAUCAAGC